AUGGAAGAGAUGGAAGUUUAUGGCGGCAAGUCUCUGUAUAGAACAAUCUACAAAAUGUGUACCCAGAAGACCCCUCAUGAUUACUCACAACAGCUCUAUGACAAGUACCUUGAGGCGUUUGAGGAAUAUAUUACUUCGACGGUGUUGCCCUCUCUAAAAGAGAAGCAUGAUGAAUUUAUGCUGAGGGAGCUGGUGAGAAGAUGGGCAAACCACAAGGUUAUGGUUAGGUGGCUGUCACGCUUCUUUCCCAAUCUGGAUCGAUAUUUCAUAGCAACAAGGGCACUUCCCACAGUUAAUGAAGUUGGACUAGCCUGCUUCCACGAUCUGGUUUACCCGGAGGUUAAAGCUAAUGCCAGAGAUUCUGUAAUUACUCUUAUUAAUAAAGAACGUGAAGCAGAGCAGAUCGACACAGAGCUGUUGAAGAAUGUUAUAGAUAUAUUUGUUGAAAUUGGAAUGGGAGAUAAGAAGCUUUAUGAAGAAGAUUUUGAAGCACAGAUGCACCAAGACUCUGUAGCUUACUAUUCUCGAAAAGCAUCAAGCUGGUUUUCAAAUUAUUCCUGUCCAGAAUACAUGUUGAAGGUUGAGGAGUGCUUGAAAAGUGAGAGGGACAGAGUUUCUCAUUAUCUGCUUACUAGCACCGAGCAGAAGUUGGUAGAGAAAGUGCAACAUAUGUUGGUGGUGGUUUAUCAGCCACAGCAGCUCGAGAAGGAUCAGUCUGGAUGUUGUGAUUUGCUGAGAGAUGAUUAUAAGUUGGAGGAUGCUGCAGAAUCCCACACAACUACCAACCGUCGAACAAGUUAAGCAUGAUCGAGUUUCUCAUUGUUGAAGUUGGGGUUCUUAGGCUAUGAGAAGUCUGC